AGGGGUUCCGAAGCGCGUCACUCUGUCGUUGUCGUCUGUCUGUCUGCGGGUCGUGCACGUGUUCAGCGCGCGCGUUUCUCGCCUACUUCGAGCAGGUAGGGCAUGAUGUCCGCCGCCUCCGGGUUCCUCGGCGUCCGCGCCGUCCUCGGACGCGCCGCUCUCUCGUCGAGGCCGAAGAAAACGAAAUUCGCCGCCGCCAAGGCGAGCAUCGCCCCUCCUCCACCGAGCGGAGGCGCGGACACGAGCGACUCUAAAGAAUCGAGCGCGGCGGAGGAUGCACCUCGUCGCGCGAAGGUUUCCAUGGUCUCUUUGGGGUGCCCGAAGAACACGGUUGACGGCGAGGUCAUGCUCGGCGACCUCUUCGCGAACGGCUUCGACGUCAUCGACGAGCACGAAGACGCGGACGCGGUGAUAAUCAACACGUGCGGGUUUGUGGAGGACGCUAAGAACGAGAGCGUGGACGCGAUCUUGGCCGCGGCGGCGAUGAAAGCGGAUAGCGAGAAGAACGGGAAGAAGCAGAAAAUCAUCGUCACCGGGUGCUUAGCGCAGCGGUACGCGGAGGACUUGGCCGAGGAGAUGUCCGAAAUCGACGUCGUGAUGGGGUUCGAGGAGUACAAGAACCUCCCCGCGGAGAUCGGACAGAGCCUGGGCGUGGACGUGUUGCGACAGGACGACGGCGGAAACAAGCGAGGAAGGGUGCGCGUCGGAACCGCGUCCCCGCCGUUCCGCCCGGAAGCGCUCAGGAAGAGGCUCACGCCGAACCACUACGCGUACCUGCGCGUCGCGGAGGGCUGCGACCACAAGUGCACGUUUUGCGCGAUCCCGGGGUUCCGAGGGAAGUUUCGCUCGAAGCCGUGGGACUCGAUCGUGGACGAGGCGAAAGCGCUCGCGGACACGGGCGCGAAAGAGCUGUGCCUCAUCGCGGAGGACACGAACCAGUGGGGGAUGGACAUGAAAGCGUCAGACGGGAGAGGCCUCGCGGAGUUGUUGGAGCGCCUCGCCGUCGUCGACGGCGUCGAGUGGAUCCGCAUUCUGUACGCGUACCCGUCGUACUUCAGCGAGGAGCUCAUCGACGCGAUCGCGGACAUUCCGCAGGUGUGCAAGUACAUCGACAUCCCGCUGCAGCACAUCACGAACCUCAGUUUGCUGCGAAUGAACCGGCCGCCGCGGCAGCACACGGAGGAUCUGCUCCAUAAACUUCGCGACCGAAUCCCCGGGCUUGCGUUGCGAACGACGUUCAUAUCCGGCUUCCCCGGGGAAACCCAGGAGGAGCACGACGACCUCAUGAAGUUCUGCAAGGAGUUCAAGUUCCAGAGGCUCGGCGCGUUCGCUUACAGCGAAGAGGACGGCACCCCCGCGGCGGAAUACCCCGACCAAGUCGAGCUCGCGGUUCGAGAGCUUCGCCGGGAUCAGUUGAUCUCGCAGCAGCAGGACAUAUCCGAGGACUUCGCGUUGUCGCGCGUGGGGCAGGAGCUGGACGUCAUCAUCGACGGGUUCAACCCCGACUUCGACGCGUGGGUCGGACGGAGUUCGUUGGAGGCGCCGGACAUCGACCCGAUCGUGUUCGUGUCCGAGCCCGAGCCCGGGUCGGGGUUGCCCGCGCUGGAGAUGGGGCAGAUGCGUCGGUGCAAGGUGAACGGGACGUCCUUGUUCGACCUCGAAGCGCAUCCGUUGAGUUGAGGGAGGGGGAGGGAGUGAUAUGUACGAGUAGCGUGAUCAAUAUGCAUUGAUGUCCUUACAAA